ACCCAGCACUUACUACAAAUAUAGCCGCGAUGCGUAGGCCACAAAAUGGCUCCACUCACUUUUCCCAAUGAAAAGCAAAUGCGGGUUUUUCGGCGAACCGGACUCUUUCUCCAUGUACGGCAGCAACCGGGUGAAGAGGAGACCCUCUCCUUACGAGAUGGAGAUCACCGACGGUCCUCAUACAAAAGUGGUCCGUCGCAUUUUCACCAACAGCAGGGAGAGGUGGAGGCAGCAGAACGUCAACGGAGCCUUUGCAGAGCUUCGCAAGCUCAUCCCCCCCCACCCGCCCGACAAAAAACUGAGCAAGAACGAGAUUUUGCGCCUGGCUAUGAAAUACAUCAACUUCCUGGCCAAGCUGCUCAACGACCAAGAGGAAGAAGGAAACCAAAGGGGCAAAGUGAACAAAGACUCUGGGAUAGUCCAGGAAGACCUCCUGCAGGACAUGUUGUCUCCUAACUCUAGCUGUGGAAGUUCUUUAGAUGGAGCAGCAAGCCCGGACAGCUUCACAGAGGAGCAUGAAACACUGGACUCGAAGCACGCGCGGAGCCUGCACCACAGCAUCCUGCCUGUCGAAGGCAACGCUCAGCGGUGA